AUGUUGAGGCAAUCCACCAGUAAACUUCUGGGUCUGGGCUUUCUCGGAGAGUCCCGAUCACCGGCGGUGCAGGUUCUGCCGCGAUUUUAUCACGAGAGGGUGGUGGACCACUACAACAACCCACGAAACGUAGGCUCGUUCGACAAGACCGAUCCAACGGUCGGAACUGGGCUCGUCGGUGCACCAGCGUGUGGCGAUGUCAUGAAGCUUCAGAUUAAAGUCGAUGACAAGACGGGGAAGAUCGUCGAUGCUUGCUUCAAGACCUUCGGUUGUGGUUCGGCCAUCGCAUCUGCAUCUGUGGGCACUUGGACAUCGCUAACGACUAACUUUUUGUUUUCCGCUACUGAAUGGGUGAACGGGAGACAAAUGGAGGAAGUUCUGACAAUCAAGAAUACAGAAAUUGCCAAGCAUCUCUCUCUCCCACCAGUUAAACUCCACUGCAGCAUGCUUGCUGAAGAUGCGAUAAAGGCAGCUGUUAAAGAUUACGAGGCCAAGCGUGCAAGCGUGGGUGCAAGUGCAGAAGUUGCACCUGUGGAGAAGGCUGCUGAUGCUUGAGAGGUGAGAAAAAAGGAAGAGAAAAUCACAGUACUUGUACAAGGAUGUGGUCUUUUAAUCUUUUGGGGGUGUCUAUGUAAAGGAUUGUACUUAAAACUGCUUGUGAGACUAGUUUUUUUUUUUUUUUUGGAAAGUAAGUAAUCUGGAUAAGUAUGUUUCUAUUUGAAUGUAAAUUUGAUAAUAAAAAGUCUUAUAUGCCAUAGAUU